AUGUUUGUUUCCAUUUUGCUCUUAUGUGCCUUCAUUUUCUUCAUCAUCCUCCAUCUCAAAUCCCAGAGGCCGAAUAAUUUUCCACCGGGACCACCUGUCCUUCCACUGCUGGGAAACAUUUUGCAGCUGAAUCUGGAGAACCCCUUAAAGGACUUUGAGAGGUUGAGGAAGUCUUAUGGAGACGUUUACAGUAUUUUCAUUGGCCGCAAACCGGCGGUAGUCAUCAAUGGAAUGAAGGCCAUAAAGGAGGCUAUAGUGACGAAGGCUACUGAUUUUGCUGGACGACCCCAAGACAUGUUUAUUAAUGAGGUCACCCAGAGGAAAGGGGUCAUUAUGGCAGAUUAUGGCUCUAGCUGGAGGGAACAUCGUCGCUUUGCUUUAAUGACUUUGAGGAAUUUUGGUCUGGGGAAGAAUUCAAUGGAGGACAGAAUUCAUGAAGAGAUAAAACACAUCAUUAGUACCCUGGAAAGGAGCAUUGGUAGCACCACUUGUCCUCGAGUUAUGUUUCACAAUGCGGCCUCCAACAUCAUCUGCCAGGUUCUGUUUGCUACGCGCUAUGAGUAUGAUGAUGCAUUAAUCACACUGGUUAUUCAGUGCUUUACAGAGAAUACCAAGAUAUUCAAUGGACCGUGGGCUACGCUGUAUGACACUUUUCCUGUAAUUCGUCACCUGCCUCUGCCCUUCCAAAAGGCCUUUAAGAAUUUUGAGACUUGUAAGAGUCUUGCGAUUGAUUUGAUCAAUGAGCACAAGAAGACCAGAGUCCCUGGAGAGCCACGAGAUUUUAUUGACUGUUAUCUGGAUGAACUGGAAAAGAGAGGCAAUGGUAGUUCUUCAUUUUCAGAAGAGCAGCUCAUUAUGAACUCUUUAGAUCUUCACGGUGCUGGGACUGACACGACCUCCAACUCCCUUCUCACUGGUUUUCUUUACCUUAUGAACUACCCACACAUACAAGAAAGGUGUCAGCAGGAGAUAGACAGAGUGCUGGAAGGGAAGUGUCAGGCCAGUUUUGAGGACAGACACAAGAUGCCUUACACCCAGGCUGUGAUUCAUGAAGUACAGAGAGUUGCCAACACUGUUCCCUCUGCCCUCCACUGCACCACUAGAGACACGGAGCUCAUGGGAUAUUCCAUUCCCAAGGGUACACUGAUCAUUGAAAAUCUGACCUCAGUUCUCAAUGAGGAGGAACAGUGGAAAUUCCCCCAUGAAUUCAACCCUGAAAACUUCCUUAAUGACCAAGGAGAGUUUGUUAAACCAGAGGCUUUCAUGCCUUUCUCUGCAGGUCCUCGAGUGUGUCUUGGAGAGGGUCUGGCACGUAUGGAGCUCUUCCUCAUGAUGGUGACUCUGUUGAGGAAGUUUAAGUUCAUCUGGCCUGAGGAUGCAGGAGAACCAGACUUCACUCAAGUCUAUGGGAUCACUAUGAGUCCCAAACCUUAUUGCAUGAAGGUCCAACUUAGAGCACCACAGUGA